CUUAGUACUCUUUUGAUAAAAUGUGCUAAUGUUAGAGAGUGUACUUCAGUACAGCACAGAUGAAAAUGCAAGGGCAGCUGGGAAGAGUCUUCACAAGUAUUCUUUAUCAUGUGAUGUCAAAGAUCCCCAGGCAAAUGUAGCUAAAGGCACCAAAUCUCUCAAAGGGCUAAAAUCCCAGCUGAGUCUCAAAUUCACUGUGCAGGGAAAGGCUGUAAUCUGCUAACGAAAAGCAGAUGUACAAAAGUCAUUCUGGCAGCUGCAUCUGUCAUGCUGCCUCUCCCCCACCCUGCUUUGAUAGACCCACUCUUCCAUCCAGUCGUGUGCUUUUCAGAGACAACAAAUAGGCAAGCACGAAUGUCAGUCAUGUGAAAUCUAUCCUUUAAGAUAGUCCUUUUUUCCUCAUCCUGCCUUACAGUCUGAUUGAGCCCUAUUGUUCCCUCAGCGAAACGCUCUCAGAAUUAAGGCCAAGUACUGGCCAGGACCCUGGGGUAUCCCUGUCCAGCCAUGCAGCUGCCCCCACACGGACAACGCUCCAUGAGGGGACAAACCCAUCGUGGUUCUGCACUGUAUAUCCUACUCCUCAGCGAUCCUCCCACGAUCCUGCGGCAGGAGCCCGCUGAGGGCCUGCUGUCAUCUCGCACCACAUUCCUCGUGUUCCAAGAGGGAAUUGGGCCUCAGGGCUUGGAUAGCGACAGGGGCGCUGAUGCUCCUCCUGCCCCGCCACGAUCGGGGGAGCGCUUUGGCGGCUCUGGGGCGCCCAGGCAGGCAUGCCCUGCGCCCAGGAGAGCACCCCUCGGUGGAGUGGGUGCUGUGCCCCUACGACGUCCAUCACCGUGUCCCCCGCGCGUCGCUGGAGAGGCACGCGGCGUCCUGCCGGCUCCGCAGGAUGGGAUACUCGGCCGAGGAGGAGGCCGAGAUGUACGACUCCAGCUUUUUCUACGAAAACCUGAAGGUUCCCACCGUCGCCAUGGAUAAAGAUCUACAGUUUCACAUUAUUAAGCAGGGUAGAGCCCAAAGUGCGAAGGAAGGUGCAGGCUACAGUGAAGGUUUAUACUCAUUACUGCCCAUAGAAGUUCCUCAAAACCACAAGCGUUUCACCUGUGACCUGACCCAAGCUGACCGCCUUGCUCUUUAUGAUUACGUUGUUGAGGAGACAAAGAAACAGAGGUCCAGAUCCCAGAUAACAGAAAAUGACAGUGAUCUCUUCGUGGAUUUAGCAGCGAAAAUCACCCAAGAUGAUAGUCAGAAAGGUCCGAAGUCCCAUCUUGAAAUUCUGGCUGAAAUGCGAGAUUACAAAAGGCGGCGGCAGUCAUACAGAGCUAAGAAUGUUCAUAUAACAAAGAAGUCCUACACUGAGGUGAUUCGGGAUGUGAUUGGUGUACAUAUGGAAGAACUCAGCAAUCAGUGGCAGGAGGAGAACAGGUUGGAUAAUGCAGAGAUAUGUGAAGGAGGGAAGUCAAAGUCUUCAGGAAGGGAAGACAGACGGUCAGCUUCAGUGGACUCACGGCAGUCUGGGGGAAGCAGUAAGGAUACAGAGUGCAUGAGACACAGGAGAGACACCAGCAGGAGUCCAAGUAAACGAAGGAGGAGUCGUGAGAGAGGUAAAGACAGAGACUCUCGGAGAAAAAGAGAGAGGGAUGAAGACAAGUAUUACAAUCAUAAAAGAAGAAAGUAGAAACAAGAACCUGAUGAUUUUGUUUGUCAGCUGUUCAAAAUAUAACUUCCACAAGAACUAUUGUUACUGCUGUUUUGCCCAAGACAGUAAAGGUGUGCACAUAAUACUGGUGUUGCAUCAGACCUGUGCUGCUCGGAGACAAAAAAGUGCCACGGUUUGUCAGGAUGGAAGCAGUAUAUUUCAGAUAAUGUGUAAAUUUGAAACAUUUAUACAUCUGUUAAUAAAUUAUAUUGAUCUCUCA